AGUGGUGGGGAUGGAAAAGCGGUGGAGUUGCUGGAGUUGAGGUUUGGGUAGGGGAUAGUGCCGUGUCAGUGUGAGAAAUGGUGGCGCGUGAGGGGAAAAUAUGGCGCUAGUGUCGCCGGGCAGUCGCUGUCGCGCCAGGCACUGGUCUCCAGCCCGAGCAGUCGCAAUUCCGUCGCCUAACCAACGCAUCGCUCGCCUCUUUUACCUUUUCACCCUUUGUCGUAUUUAAAAUUAAAACAAAAAGAAACAAAUUGUACCGCAUACGAGGCUUAAUACCGCUAAGCUGUAUCCAAUACGCCUGUGUGUCCCCCUUAAUCCCCCACCCCCGCUCAACCUGUCUCAACUUCACUGAAUUCAAAGAUAAAUCCUCAUUCACUGUCUCCCCCACCUCAAUUUUUUUUUUAUCUAAGUAAGAGGAAAGAACUGGCUUUAACGCGCUCGGAGGUGCCGCUUACGUUGAAUUAUCAGAGUGUAGGCGCCCGGUUAGAAUAUUCGGGAGUUGUUUUUUUUUUGUUUUUGUUUUGUUGGUGUGUGAGAGAGAGAAAAAAUAGAGAUACAGGAAGAAAGAGAUAGGAAAGAACGAUAGUGAGCGUUGUUCUGUUGCCUGUAUCGUUGGACAGUUACAGCUGAUGAAUUGAGAUCAAUCGUCUGACAAUUGUGACACAUGAACUUGUGAAGAACUAUUUUCAUUUGUGUGACUGUUUGUUAAUGGUAAGAGGAUAAUUGUUGUAAUUGGUGUUAUCUGGGCUGAUAUGAGUCGGAGAGGCAACGGUGAACGCGUGCAUUCGGACCGGCGUUAUCAGUGAAUUUUUGUAUAUUGAGAAGUGCCUCGUCCAAGUCCUCGUGAUUAUUCACCACAGGUUUACCGUCGAAAUAAGAAGUCCUGGAGUAAGCCACGUGGGGCACGUGCCAGGAGUCGAACCGAAUAAAUGACGUAAAUCCGAGGAACGAAAAGGGACGUAACGCUACCUUGCUGGUCCCCCAACCCUUUCCCCUAUCCCCUAUCUCUUUUUCUUACAUCCUCCUCCCCUCAACCAUUUUUCGUCCUCCAUCCCAACCCCUGCGAUCUCCAGAGAGCCGUCAACACAACCAACGUGUCCUCACUGUCACCUUUUUUCACUAUUCGCCCGAUCUGAUUCCCUCUCUCUCGCUAUCUCCAUUGUAAAAAAAAACAUUGGCUCGCCUACACGCCCUUUUCUCGUCACGACUCAUCAGUGGGAGAUAAAAGCAAUCAGGAAAAGACGAACAGAAUAGUUAGACAAUUGAAGUUUCUGAGAAUUCGCUGAGACUUGAAUCAAUCCAGCUGGUGACUCUCGCAGAUGAAUGACUUGAACAUCAUCACAACCUCAAAAGUAAAGAAAAUAAAAAACUCGUGGUAAUUCUGAUCCACUUGCUUGAGGAUUGAACAUUGGAACUAAAAAACACGAAAUCUAAAUUGAAUAAUCAUCGAGUUGAGGUACACAUUAGCAUUGGCUAUGCAAUUUUUUGAAUGAAUAGACGAGUGAGUGCCCAAGUUGGAGAGAUUGUAGUGACUGGUAACAUCGAAUGAAAGAUAAGUGUGAGUGAAGGUGCGAAUGUUUUAUCAAAAUUGAUAAAUUAACGACUCAUACAUAAAAACGAAUCGUUCAACCGUAUCAUCUAGUCGGUGCGUGUAAAAGAGGAAAACGAGGAAGAGUGUGAGCAACAGCUGAACACGAAGAUGGCAAUGGUCAACAUGAACAACCUACUCAAUGGAAAGGACUCGCGCUGGCUACAGUUGGAGGUAUGCAGAGAGUUUCAACGCAACAAGUGCACCAGACCCGACACGGAGUGUAAAUUCGCUCAUCCACCUGCCAAUGUUGAAGUGCAGAAUGGACGCGUCACUGCGUGUUACGACAGUAUCAAGGGAAGAUGCAAUCGGGAAAAGCCACCGUGCAAAUACUUCCAUCCACCUCAACACCUGAAGGAUCAAUUAUUGAUAAACGGGCGAAAUCACUUAGCCCUGAAGAAUGCUCUAAUGCAGCAGAUGGGACUAACUCCUGGACAGCCCCUUGUGCCUGGUCAGGUGCCUACAGUGGAGGGCCAACCUCCUCUGCCAGCGCACCAUCACCUUCAACAGCAAAUCCAGCAGCAACUUCUCGCUACCCACGCCUUUAUGGCAACCAAUCCGUACCUAACUGGAAUGCCACAGGUGAACAACACGUACACACCGUACUUCACACCGAGUCCAAUAAUGCCAGCGAUAAUGGGACCAGCUGAUCCCACGGGGGUCGGUAGUCCGCUUGGUGUUGUCCAGCAGACAGUAGCAAUGCCGCAGAAGAUGCCACGUACCGAUCGUCUAGAGGUAUGUCGCGAGUUUCAACGUGGGGCGUGCAAACGCGGUGAGACGGAGUGCCGGUUUGCGCACCCCCUCGAGACGGUGCAGGCGAACGAGGACGGUUCUGUGACGGUCUGCAUGGACGCUGUCAAGGGCCGAUGCAAUCGGGACCCCUGCCGCUAUUUCCACCCCCCUCUGCACCUACAAGCCCACAUUAAGGCCGCACAAUCUCGGGCUAGCAUUGCGACGGGAUCUUUGUCUACGAGUGUGACGGGAUUGGGCGCUAUGGCUGGUGGAGUGUCAGGAGUGCCUACAUCGGCUGUAUCUAGAGGACUUCAGAAUGCCAGUAUGGCGAGCAUCGAGCUCGGAAAGAAGCGGAUGCGCGACACCAAUGAUGAUCUGCUAAUGAUGGAAUCAAAGUCAUUCGGGUCUUUCUACUACGACAAUUUUGCCUUUCCGGGUAUGGUACCGUACAAACGUCCAGCUGGGGACAAAUCUGGUAUGCCAGUGUAUCAGGCAACUGGUGCAACGACCUAUCAGCAGUUAAUGCAGCUGCCGCAGCCGUUCGUGCCUGUGUCAUGUGAGUACGCUGGAACACCACCCCUUCCUCAAACCUCUAACCAGUCGAUAGCAAGCGCCCAAAAUUCAAUCCAAUCCCAGGCGUCAUCUAGUCUGGCCCAGGUGUCUGAGUCAAAUGGUGUCUUGGGGGUUAAUAAUCCACCACCACCACCAUCAACAGCAAGUAGUGCUGGUAUAGGAGUUGGUGGUGCUGUUGGAGUUAAUCCCAAUGAUAAUAAGCAAGUAGCGUCGAAUCACGAUGGUGAAAAUACCCGUAACUCUCCCGAAUUGAAUCACUCGAGUUCACCCCAAGUUAAUCAACUGACAGCACAUUCAGCUGGUGUAUCAAUACCGACAAUGAGCGCUAUGACUACCUCAAUGCCCAAUAUACCAAAUUUCUCAAUGUCCAAUAUUGUAUCUCUGGCGAAUGCGAGUUUGCAUCAGGCUAAUGUCAAUUCAAUGGCCAACUACACGAUGGCUAACAUGGCGCACUUUAACGUACUCAAUACCCUGGGGAUGGGUCACAAUCUAGCGACAAUGGAUCCAGCAGCCCUAGCUAAGGAAGUCGCCCAGAAGAACUAUGCAAAGGCUAUUAAGAUGCAGACAAGUCAGCAAUACGGCAUCAAUCCACUGACAGCUUUGAACUACACUGGAGUUGCUCUCAACAAACAAGCACUCGCUAUCAAUCAAACACAGGCAGCAGCCGCUGCAGCAGCAACUGCUCAAACACGUCAGAUGUUACCUCCUGGUCUAGCCGGUAUCCCUGGUGGACCACUCAGUGGUCAACUACCAGCCAGUCUUCUCCAUCAUUACCAAAGACCACCAAGUGCAACUCCUAUCAAUCCUUACUCAUUAAUUCGUCAGCAUCCUAUGUUACAUUCACCCUACGUUCAGGCAUCUUUCCCUGGGGUACCGGCUGCUGCUCUGCAACAGGCCACCAAUCCCUACGCCCAAAAUCCCUACACAAUGCUACCUGGCAUGAGUGCUGUGGGAGUUGCUGGGGUGCCAGGUGUUGCCACUGCUGUACCCGGAAUUCAUCAGGUACCCACUGCCAAUCCUGCAACGAUAGCAGCACAACCUCAGGUUGCCAUUCCCGUGAGCACCGGGGUCAUAAUGCAGCCCUACAAGAAAAUGAAAACUACGUAAAGAUCAGUGCCAGAUAUUAUUGGUAUUUUGAGAGUUAACGAGUAUAGUUUCAUUUUCUAGUCAGACAUUGUCGAUGAACAGUGCCUUAAUGACUCGAUUCCCAUUAAUAUUCAAUCACUUUAAUAUUCUCGAGUCGAGUGACGUGGAUUAUUUCUAAUCUACUAUUCAUUUUAAACGAUUAAUAUACGUUAUAUAUAUAUUUUUUCACAUACGUCGUGCUAAAGACUGUUUUAGUUUUUCUAUUUUCUCCUUCUAAAUAUUUUUUAUCAUAGUCAAUAAUUAUUGGUGAUUGUUUUCUCUUUUUUCUUGUUGUAAACGUGGUUUUUUUUUUGUCGGGGAAUUGUGCACGAAGUUUUUCUUUCGAUAAAAUUUAAUGAAUACUAUUUGUUUUUAUUUUUAUUAGGACUUAAGAAAUUGUUACGACGUAGUUAGUGAAUAUUCGUCACAUUAAUGUCAAUUCUAAUGAAUUUUUAAUGAUAUUUUAAACAAAUGGCCGUGAGAUUUGAACGCAUAGUCAUGUGUCCUAAGCGCACUCUUGCCGCAAUUCGUUUUAUUAUUUGAUAAAGCAUGUUACUGUACCUAUCAUUUAAGUUUAUUUGUUAUUAAUAGUAUUUAGUUUUGAUCGCGGAUAAACGCUGAUACUAAUAUUACUCAAUUUGGGAGAGUUACAUGUCACGUAAAAGUGUGACCGUACAAGCCUCGUGUUUCGACAUUUUCCAUCAUAAAAUAGACAAAUAUUAACCGCUGUUGGGGGAACGAGAUGAAUAAUUUUCAUCAGUGAUAAAUUCAGUGUUUAAAAAAUAACACGAAAGCCAUCACGAUACACAUUCACCAAAUAAUAACGCGGCCAAUGCGUUUAAUAAGCAGAGUAACUAAUGUAUUGUAUUUUUAUUAGUAAAUAUUAGUUAAUAGGUCCUUGUCAGGAUUAUCUAUGGUAUAAUCUAGACAUAAGUGGGUGGAGUAUGUGAGAAAGUGCAUGAACGAAUUGAGAAAGACACAGGGAAAUGGAAAUAUACAUUUAGAGGAAAUUGAGAGUUUGGUGGUGGAUGAAGGUACACUUGCCAGUGAUUUGAAACAAUUUUUGAAUUGAAUAUGUCUUCAAGUACAUUUAUUAUACAAUUAUUGCAAGUGAUAGAGGUCUAUAUACUUGUAUAAAGGAUAUCUCGUACCAAGUGGGAAUAAAACAUUUAUAUAUUAAUAUAUAAUUGAUAAUGAUGUACAAUAGCCGGACAUCUGCGUAUUGGCAUAAAUUUUGUGUAGUGAUUGUAUCAUUAUGCUAGCCUAGGAUGACGGUCACGAUAAAAACGCAAAAGGCCAGGAAAAUUAUGAUAAAGAAACAUUAAACGAAGAGGUGGGAGGAGGUGAGAAUUUGGGCGUGAGUCAACGAAGAAAAAUAAUCCUGAUAUACAGGGUGAAAGACCAGCUGAGUUCUUUGCUGGCGAAGAAAA